AUGUCCGACGAAGCUGCCCCCCCAGCGCAGGUCCCUGCGGCCGACGACGCUGCUCCCACGUCGAAGAAGGGUCUCAAGAAGGCCGAGGCCAAGGCCAAGAAGGAGGCUCUCAAGGCUCAGCGCGCUGCUGAGCUCGCCGCCCAACAAGCUGCCGCCAAACUCAGCCUCGAGGAUGACCCCGCCAAGGACAACUACGGAAACAAGCAGGUUACUGCCUCCAACUUCAGCCAAGACGCUCAAGAAGUCGAAAUCCGCUCCCUCGACGAAUCCUACAAUGGAAAGACCGUUAUCGUUCGUGGAUGGCUCCAGAACUCGCGUGUGCAGAGUGCCAAGAUGGGCUUUGUCGAGCUCCGCAAGGGAGGUAAUUGGGACAUCCAGGGUGUCGUUAUGGCCUCUGAGCAGGAACCCAUUGUCAGCCGCAGUAUGGUGAAGUGGAUUACCAACAUCAACCCCGAGAGUUUUGUUGUUGUCGAGGCCAAGGUGAAGCAGCCUCUCGAGCCCGUCAAGAGCUGCAGAGUUUCAGGACUUGAGCUUCACAUUACAAAGUGCUUCGUUCUCGCCCCUGCUCCCGCCGUGCUCGGCAUGACCCUGGAGGCUGCCAACGCGCCGAUUGUCAACUUCAGCGACGAGAGUGCUAAGACUGGAGACGCUGAGGCUGAGAAGGCUGCUAAGCCCGCCGAGUCUUCGGUGCCAUCUGCAAGCAUGCUUACCCAUCUCGACAACAUCGCUAUGCACAAGCGUACCCCUGUCCAGCAGGCUAUCGCCGAUAUCCGUAUCGAAGUCAAGCGACUCUUCCGCAACUACCUCGAGCCCCGAAACUUCAAGGAGUUUGAACCUCCCUGCCUUAUCGGUGCUGCCUCCGAGGGUGGUGGUAACGUUUUCCGUCUGCCGUACUUCGGUGAGGAGGCUUUCCUCGCUCAAUCACCCCAAUUCUACAAGCAGUUCGAAAUUGCUGGAGGCAGAGAGCGUGUGUUCAGCUCAGGUCCUGUUUUCCGUGCUGAGAACUCCAACACGCCCCGCCACAUGACCGAGUUCACCGGUCUCGAUCUGGAGAUGGAAAUUAAGGAGUCUUACACUGAGGUCCUUGACACCCUUGAGGGUGUGCUACUGUCCAUCCUUCGUGGAAUCCACGAGCGAUGCGCGACCGAGAUCGAAACCGUCCGAUCCGUUUACAAUUCGGAACCCCUCCUUCUUCCCGAGCCUGGCAAGGAGGUCCGAUUGACCUUCGCCGAAGCACAGAAGCUUCUCCGAGAGGAAGGACCCUCCGAGUUCGCCAACGUCACCGACGACGAGGAUAUGAGCACUCCCCAAGAGAAGGCCCUUGGCGAAGUUGUCCGCAAGAAGUACAAUACCGACUUCUACGUCAUUGACAAGUUCCCCGAGACUGCCCGACCUUUCUAUGCCAAGCUCGACGAUGCUGGCACCACUGUCGGAAACGGCGUCCGUGUUACCAACGCUUUUGACAUGUUCAUCCGUGGACAGGAAGUGCUGUCCGGUGGCCAGCGUGUUCACGAGCCCGUUGAGCUCGAGGAGCGCAUCCGCGCCAAGGGCAUCGACCCUAAGAGUGACGGAAUUAAGGAGUACGUGGCGGUCUUUAAGCAGGUUGGUGUGCCUGCUCAUGGUGGUGGUGGCUUUGGUCUUGACCGCAUUGUCGCUUGGUCUCUGGCCCUGCCCAGUGUCCAUCUCGCCGCAUACUACCCUCGUACCCCCAAGCGUCUCUUGCCUUAA